GUUUCUACUAUUAUAGCUAUAAAAGGAGAUAAAUAAAUAAAUAACUAUUUAUUUAUAGACAUUUUUACCCCAUAGUUAUCACUCUUUUAAUUUUCGUUUGACGUCUCAAUCAAACCAAACCAUGGGUCUAGCUGAUAUCUUUCACCGUACAACGCCUCAAGAGAAGCUGCGCAAGUACAAACGUGCGCUAGAGAAGACGACUCGCGAGCUGGACCGAGAGCGUAAUAAGCUGGUUCAGCAAGAGAAGCGGAUUGUAAUUGAUAUGAAAAAGAUGGCAAAACAGAACGAAAUGGAUGCCCUUACUAUAAUGGCACGCGAUUUAGUUCGUACACGGAAAUACAAUCAAAAAAUUUACCGUAUGCGGACUCAAAUUCAAGGUGCCUCGCUAAAGAUACAGACCAUGAGUUCCACCACUCAAAUGGCUACCGCAAUGAAGGGUGUUGCAAAGGCCAUGAAGUCUAUUAAUAAAAACUUAAAUAUUCCUGAAAUGCAGCGCAUUAUGCGGGAGUUUGAGAAGGAGAAUGAUUUGUUGGAUAUGAAGGACGAUAUGAUCAACGACGUUAUCGACAAUGUUAUGGAUGAUGAAGACGUAGAGGAGGAAACAGAGCAGGAGAUUCAAAAGGUAAUUGAUGAGGUUGGGAUCGAACUGCGCCAGAUAGGUGUCAAAAAGGGUGACCUGCAGGCUAAACCUACCGAGGAGGAAGUAGAGGAGGAUAAGGAGUUGGAUGCACGCUUAGCUGCCUUGAAGUCGUCUAUGAAAUAAAGACAGCAUUGAUCAUUCGGGAAGUGUAGUGCUUUACAUAAAAUCAGAGACCUUCUUGGACAAAAUGUCUUUUUUCCCUUCUUCGUUUCGUCAAAAGUGAUUUAUUUUCCUUCAGCUUGUUGAACAUUUAUUUUCUUUGUUUCUUAUGAUACAUAUUGCUUGACAGUUGGCUGCUUAUGAUGGUGAGAGGGGCUUGAAAAAUUCUUGGUAUAUAUGCAUGUCAUGUAAAUGUAGCUGGGCUUGGGGAAUAUGGACCAACUUUUGCCUUUCUCUAAGGCUCGAUAGUGCUCUCCAAAGAUGUGCAUUUUCAUAUUUUCGUAUUUAUCAGCUUCUCCAUCUUUUUGAUAUGGGUCCUUUUUUCUCUGUUUUUUGUUGCAUCAGAAUUUUUGUAUUUCUUAAGGACCAUAGCAUGACCUAUGCAGGGUCUAAAUCGAGGAU